AUGGCGUCCUACAUCGGCUAUUCGCCACAAAGGACGACCCUCUUCGAGGCGGAGCAGGAGGUUUGGCGACCACGGAAGCAGUACAUGCGCCUGCGGCAAGACAAUGAAGUGCGCUGGGGUUCCACCCUGCAGAUGAUCUUGCGCGGGCUGGACCUGCGCGAUCCAAUUGAGUCCUACAUUCGGCACACAGUUGUGAGCAUACCCUCGCCCACCUGCCUUGCUAAUUCAGCCGUGGGACCCAAUGCUCCAGUUGAUGCGCCACCGCUGCGCCUCAUGGCGCUGCGCAUUUCUGUUGAGCAGUGGGACGCACUUGAGGAACUUGCAAAGUUCCUCAUGCCCUUCAACGCUGUGACUUUGGCAACGGAGGGGUCCCUGUACCCGACUGCGAGUCGGGUGGUGCUGCAGUACAACGAGCUUAUGGAUUCGCUCGAGAAGAUCAGGGACAGCACCACCUCCCCUCCCUCCGUGAUCAUGCGGAAGUGCAUCGACGCUUCCUUGGGCAAGCUGCAGGAGUAUUACUACAGCAGCAGUGAUGAGCUGUGUGUCGCUACCUUCUUGGACCCGGCAUUCAAGCUCGGAUACUUUGAGCUUGAGGACGGGAGCAGCAACAUGGGCAGGGCGGUAUCUCACGUGCCCUCGGAGGAGGUAGUGGCUCUUGUGCGUGCGAAGUCGCAGCCAUACAAGGAGAAGGUGCGGCGCGAGCGAGAGGCGGCUACUGGGAAGGGAAGAGGGGAGCUGAUGGUGGCCGCCAAGGUGGCCAUGGUGGAUGACAAAGUGGGAGUGGACCUGGAUGAGGAGUUUUGA